AUGGGAAUCAACAGUGACCCUGGCUCUGGGCCAUUCUCGCAAUCUGCCGUGUCUAUGAUCAACAAUCGAUCAUCCACGUCGCUUCAAACUGAGCAACCACAACAACAGCAACAGCAACAACAACAGCAGCAGCUUCAACAAUCUGGCAAAACCUCAGGUACAAUAACUUCUACUAAACCGGUUCAAUACAACCCAGGUAUGAGAUCGCAGCUUGCUAUGAAUCAGAAUGCUAGUGGUAGCAGUAUCCAAUUGCAGGAGUAUGUCGAGGGUCGUGCUGCAUUACCUCCGAUUUCUGAAAUUUGGGACAGGCUUGAUAAGUGGUUGGAAAGAGAGUUCCCAGAAUUAGGUGACGACAUGGAAGAUGGCGUGACUUCCACCGAUUUGAAUGCUUUUGAGAAGGAUAUGGGCGUCUCCCUUCCCUUGGAUGUCAGAGAUUCUUAUAAGAUACAUGAUGGUCAGGUUUCUAUGGGUAAGGCUAGGGGAUUCAUCUAUGGUUACCCACUCAUGGACUUGGAAUCUGUAGCUGCUGAGGCAAACAUCUGGCGCAGAGUUUACAAUCAACUCGAGAAGACGGAUAAUAUGUUUCUUGAUUCCACAAUCGAUGCCAGUGCGUUUUCUCAGAAACAGAAGAAUCACCACUCUCAAUUCCUUUCUAACCAAAGGUCUGUGCCUGAAGGUGCCAUUCAAGAGCUAUAUUGCCAUCCAAACUGGAUUCCCUUUGUGAAGGACAAUGCCGGUAACAACAUUGCCAUUGACCUGGCACCUGGACCAAAUGGACGUUGGGGUCAGAUCAUUCUUUUUGGACGCGAUUUUGAUAUCAAAGUUGUGGUUGCCACUAGUUUAACAGAAUUUUUGUUCAAUUUAUGUGAGGAUUUGGAAGAUGGUAAGUUCGAUAUCAAUGAUGACGAGGAUUUAAUUUAUUAUGAUCACAGAAUUCCUUACGAGUACUUCAAUGUUCUUAAAAUGAGAUCAUAUUCGAAAUAUAAAGAGGAUGUUCGUCGCUUGCAGCACGCACAGCACAUUCAACAAAAGGUUCAGCAAUCUGUGAAGAAGCCUCAAGAGGCUUCGUCAGAACAGGCAACUAAAACAGCUGAAGAGUCGAUUUCUUUACCAAAGGAGACCCUCAUUUCCCCUGAUAGUGAAAGCAAAGAUGUACCAAAGAAUGAUUCAUUUGUGAUUGAUGAUAAGGAGCGUGAAGAAGAUCCUAAAUCUAAAGAGGAGCCUAAAGAAGAACUCGAAUUAGAAUUUAAAGAGGAACCUAAAGAGGAACCUAAAGAGGAACCUAAAGAGGAACCUAAAGAGGAACCUAAAGAGGAACCUAAAGAGGAACCUAAAGAGGAACCUAAAGAGGAACCUAAAGAGGAACCUAAAGAGGAACCUAAAGAGGAACCUAAAGAGGAACCUAAAGAGGAACCUAAAGAGGAACCUAAAGAGGAACCUAAAGAGGAACCUAUAGAGGAACUUAAAGGGAAAUCUAAGGAAGAAUCUAUAGAGGAAGUUAAGGAAGUGCCUGUAGAGCAACUCAAGGAAUCAAUAGUAGUUGAAGAGGAAGAACCAAAGGAACGUGUCGCUAUUCCUAACUGA